AUGAGGCCCUUGAAAUGCUGGUUCCAGCAAUUAUGCAUCGUUUUGGGAUUAAAACGGCCUCCCUUGCCUCCUCAACGAGACAUUCCACUUGGACCCAUAUCUAAACAAACCUACGUUACUCGACCUUAUUCACUGAAGAAACUUUAUGGGGACAAUGAAAUUAAGACAUCUAGAUACACUCUAUAUGGAUUCGUUUUUCAGAAUUUGGCGGAACAAGCACAACGAAUUGCAAACUUUUAUUUUAUUUGCAUUGCAGUCGUACAGCUCUUCACCGAUUCCCCAGUCACACCGGCCAUUUCCAUCAUUCCACUGCUAUUUGUGUUUGCUGUGACUAUGGUAAAACAGGGCUACGAAGAUUUUUUAAGACACAAGGCUGACAGAGAGGUCAAUCAUAAACAUGUUGAAAUUGUCUCCGCGGACGGACACCUCACAUCAAUUAAAGCAAGAGAGCUCACUGUUGGUGACAUCGUCCUUUGUAGGUCAAAUGAUACGUUCCCAUGUGAUUUGUUGUUGCUGAGCUCAAGUGAACAAAGUGGCGACUGUUUGGUCACUACUGCUAGUCUGGACGGUGAAACGAACUUGAAGCGAUUCACUGCACUUGAACAAACCAAGGCAUAUGACACUCCUGAUCUUAUUGUUAAAGAGCUGCGUGGUUCUAUCACGUGUCAACAACCAGUGGAUGAUCUGUACACUUUCAAUGGUAGAAUAUGCAUCGAACUGGAGGACGGCUCCAAGCAAACCUACCCACUUGGCCCUAAUAACUUGGUACUACGAGGAGCGUGCUUGCGUAACACAGAUUUCAUCUAUGCUUGUGCUGUGUACACCGGACAAGAUACGAAGAUGACUUUAAAUUCAAAAGGGAAAAAGACGAAGUUUUCUCAGGUGGAGAGAAAGCUGAAUUUAGCACUUGCCAUGAUUCUUCUCUUCCUUCUUAUUUGCGCAACGAUAUCGUGCAUAGUCAAAUUUGCAGUGCCGCGUCAAGCUACAUGGUACAUCCCCUCACAGGAUAUCACUCCAUGGAUAGUUGUGCAAGCCUUUCUGGGUUUUGUGGUCCUGUAUAACUACAUCAUACCGAUUUCCCUCUACGUGACAAUUGAGGUACAGAAGUUCUUCGGCUCUAUGUUCUUUGAGUGGGAUUUGGCAAUGUAUGACUCCAAAAGCAAUGCGAAGGCCAGGGUAAAUACUUCGGACUUGAUCGAAGAGAUGGGACAGAUUGAAUAUCUCUUCACUGAUAAAACGGGCACCCUGACGGAAAAUUGCAUGCGAUUUCGCCUUUUCGCAACGGCCUUUGGAGCAUUUUCGGUUAAAGAUGCGAUGAUCUACAAGCUUUCAAACCAGUCUGGUAGACAGCUGAGUUUAAUCUCCGACUUGGAAACCGCUCUUGGUGAUCAAGUUGAUCUAGCUGUAACUAACAGUGAAUUAGAAGCAGAUGGUGCCACAGAAAUGAGGACCUCUAUCAGAACUCUUCUGCUGAUCCUCGCUCUCUGCCAUACAAUCCGGGUGGAGCAUCCACUGCCUGGAGAAAAAGUCGCCCGUAAGCACAAGCACAAACGCAAGCAUCGCGAACCCGAAAGUUCUCCAGCUCCAAUGGUCGAUAUACUUGCACAGAUCCGAGAGCCCCCGAAGCGCGGUGGAAGCGCUCUGCGACGAGCAUCCGCUGUGCAAGCAGCAUCUGCGGCAGUUCGUGCCUCUCUGAAAGGCAGGAAAUUCAAAACGGACGAUUAUAUAUAUCAAGCUUCCUCUCCGGAUGAGAAGGCGUUCGUGGAGGCCUGCCGGGAUUUGGGCAUUGUCUAUCACGGAGUGGACCAGGAUGUGGCUGAGGCCAGGGUUGCGGAUCUAGAAGAUCAGUUUGCAGCUGUCAUCGACGGGCAAUCGUUGGGUUUCGCGCUUGAUAUCCGCUUGAGAGACAAAUUGGCCAAACUCUUACUGGAAACUAGCGCCGUGUUAUGCUGUCGUCUUACUCCUCUUCAGAAAGCCGAGGUGGUCAGGUUAAUAAAAGAGAGUCGGUCUCCAUCCCCUGUCACAGCCGCUAUCGGCGAUGGAGCAAAUGAUGUAUCCAUGAUCCUUGAGGCACACGUCAGUUUUGGCGUGUUUGGAAAAGAGGGGCGUCAAGCAGCUCGGGCAGCAGACUAUGCUUUUGCACGCUUUCGGUUUCUGAAACGCGCAAUUUUAUUUCAUGGGCACGUAUACUAUGUUCGCGUGGCCAUUUUGGUGUUGUAUUUUUUCUAUAAAAAUCUGCUCUUUACCCUCCCACAAUUUUUUUUCGAAUUUUUUUGUUUCUUUUCCUCCCAAACAGUGUACCCAGAAGUAUAUUUGAUAUUUUUUAACAUAACCAUGACAUCUUUGCCAAUAUUUUUGUUCGGAAUAUUUGAGAUCCCAAUCCCCGAGGCGACCCUUUUACGUCACCCAAGUUUGUAUCGUGAGAUUGUGCGUAACCGUUGUCUUUCAAAAAGCACUUUUGUCUUAUGGCUUGGUUUGGCUAUUUGGCACUCACUGGUCGCUUUCUUUGGUGCUUACUUUCUUGCCAGUCUUGGUCAAGCAGGUGGUGGUACUGACCCGGUAUCUGGUUACGGAGGUUCAGCCAUUGGAGGUUUGGUGGACUUUGGCAAUUUCCUUCUUAUGACCAUCUUUAUCACUGUAAAUGUAAAGGUUUUUUGUUUCAGCUACACUAUCAACUGGGCAAUUUUUGUCGGUCAUUUGCUAGCAUUUUUGGGCAACUUGGCCAUUUUUCUGUUCAUGAAUUUUUAUCUCUUUCCAAUGCAAACUGCUGCUCAACUGUACUACACUUUGAGCGUUUUGUGGGGGGGUUCCGGUCUUGGCACUGCCUGGUUUGGAAUGCUAUGCCUCAUUCUGCUCGCCCUGAUCCCUGACUUGACGUUACGCGGGUUGGCUGACCAGGGUUGGGUGUGGCGUCUGGAACAGAUGGAACGGAAAGAAUUCUGCUCAGAUGAUAGUGUAAACAGCAAACAACCUGCUUCGAGGCAACCACAGAGGGAGUCCCGUGGAUCUCAUCAGCAGCGCCCCCACGGUGAACAAUCCACUGAUUCAGUUGGGAAAGUACACAGCAGCAAAAUUGACUAUAUCAAUCCAUCUUUUGAGUGGAACAAUGGUGACACUCUUCCGCGAGUUGAAGCAUUCAAUUACGCCCGAGGAUCUCGGCAACCAGUCGAGGGCGUAUUCAACCACGAAAAUGUCCCACCACUUCCAUCAGGCAGUGAACCGCGUGUCAAACACCUCCCAUUCCACGUCAUCGGCGGUGGCCAGCCAAACAGAUGUGUCAUUGUCCCAUGAAGUAUCGACCUUACAAGAGUGUCCUCGCCUUGUGCAUUACCUGUGCGCCCUAAACGCAAUCACUUGCACAUAGAACUGCACGGACGCUAUGCACCCUCACAUUUGGCGCUUUCUGUGUAGUCCUUUGGUAUAUGUACCUAUUUUCUUACCUCUUAUCUAGCUGUAUUUUCAUGAAUUGCUAUCUAUGUGUUCACCCUGUCGUCAAUGUGCCAAUCCUUUGUUGUAAAAAUAUUUUUAACACCCAUCUUGGUCGGUCCUAAAUCAUCCUGCUAGAUAACACCCAGCAGGUAAACGCUUCAGAUGACCCCAACCAUACUCCCAAUUUCAGUGGCCUCAUGAUCACGAUUUUGAAGCCGCAAAUUUAUGCCUUAAAUAAGCGUGCUCCUACCA